AUGAGGAAUAAGGCCUCAACCACGUUAACACUUGUUCUUCUCACUUUGACUCUUGUAUCCACAACAUAUUCAGAUGAUUUGAUAGACCAAACAUGCAAGAAGACACCAUACUAUGAACUCUGUAGCAAUAUCAUCCAUUCAAACCCUGCCACCCCAGGUGAUCCAAAGGGUAUGGUUGUGAUAAUCAUCAACUACACUGUAGCAAAUGCCACUGACACUCUCAACUUCAUUGAAGACCUUAUUAAGAAAGUUACUGACCAUGAAUUGGAGCAUAAAUUGACCUUUUGUGCUGAGUCGUAUAUCCCUGCUAUUAAGUAUGUUCUACCUCAAGCUGUUGGUUCUAUAAACCGAGGCAACUUUGGCUUUGCAAAUUACUCUAUUUCUUAUGCUGAGAAAGACAUUGUUGCUUGCAACAAGAAAUUCACUGGGAAUCAGUCACCUUUGAGUUCUAGGAAUGGGAUUAUGCUGCAGCUUCUUGAUAUUUCUGCUGCAAUUCUUAAGAUUUUGUUAAAUGGCUGA